GGAUCAUAGCUUUCACCUGGAUUCUCCUGGUCAGUCCAUGUUAUGGAAAGAGCAGGUGUUCAUAAUGUUUUGUCCACUCAGUGUAGAUACAUCCUUGAGAUGAACACUAGGAAAGCAGAACGCUGUCAUGACUGGCAGAAAGACGUACAAAGCAAAUUUAACAGAAAUAAUGACAUGCAUCUUUUCUGAUUCAUGUAGAAUUAUCUAUUUAUAUCUACGUGUUUAAUUACCUAUACCAGGAAUUCCAUCUCUCUAUUUCUGUCCAAGGUCUUCAAGACAUGAGUGAGUGAAUAUGAAAUGAGGAGGAAGGGAGGAGUGAGUUGUCUCUCAUUACACACACAGAACUUUCCCUAACGCAAUAAACAUGUAAGUGACUGAAUAUGUUGCAUCAUGAAACAUCAAGUGUGAGGAGUUAACCCUCGUGCUGCCAGGAACUCCCUCCCCCUAACCCCCAUCACAUGACCAAGUGUUCACAUCACAAAGGAAAUAGGUGAGGUGUUUCUCAGGGUAUAAAUGAUGAGGGGUUUAGGCCAGAGUACAUAUGCUCUCCUGUCUGCUCCUCAAGAGGACCACCAGAGGACAACCAGAACCAGCACACUCCAGUACCAGGAGACACCAGAACCAGAAAUAGACUGCAGCACCAGUUGAGUGUGGAACCAAUAGACUUGCAGCACCAGUUGAGUGUGGAACCAAUAGACUUGCAGCACCAGUUGAGUGUGGAACCAAUAGACUUGCAGCACCAGUUGAGUGUGGAACCAAUAGACUCCAGCACCAGUUGAGUGUGGAACCAAUCGACUGCAGCACCAGUUGAGUGUGGAACCAAUCGACUGCAGCACCAGUUGAGUGUGGAACCAAUCGACUGCAGCACCAGUUGAGUGUGGAACCAAUAGACUGCAGCACCAGUUGAGUGUGGAACCAAUAGACUCCAGCACCCGUUGAGUGUGGAACCAAUAGACUCCAGGAUGUCUCCCUGCUCUCUCCUCCUGUCCGUGCUGUUGGCUGCAGCGCUGCAGUGUGAGCAUGCCCAGUGCAGACGUGUACCGUGCUCCGACCGCUGCUGCUCCUUCGUAGAGGGCUUCCCCGUCAGACUGAAGGAGCUCCGCACCGCCUUCUCCACCAUCAGAGACUACUACGAGGCUAAUGACGAGCUGGAGACAUCCCUGCUGGACGAAGGGAUUCUACACCACUUGAAGAGCCCGGUGGGGUGUCACGCUAUGGACAGCAUCCUGAAGUUCUAUCUUGACACGGUGUUGCCCACCGCCAUGAACAACAGAACACAGAACAACAACGACUUUAAAUCUCCCAUCGACUCCAUCGGAAACAUCUUCCACGAGCUGAAGAAAGAGAUCGUCCAAUGUAGGAACUACUUCUCCUGUAAGAAACCGUUUGACAUCAACGAGUUCAUCUCCUCGUAUGAGAAGAUGCAGGAUAAGGGCCUGUAUAAGGCAAUGGGAGAGCUGGACCUACUCUUCAACUACAUCGAGGAGUACCUGGUCUCUAAGAGACGCAAAAACUGACCCCUGACCAAUCAGAAUUUGCCAGAGUUAUGUGGCUAACCCUAACCUCUAAUAACCUCCAAAGCCCAAACAUCUGGGACUGUCUUUUUGUGGAAGACCAUGAGACUAAAUUGUAUGGGUCCUGAGGACCUUCUCUCUCUACGUUACUAGGCUAGUCUUUAGUCCUACUCUUCAGUUCUGAAAGAACACCUUGAAGAAUAACUUCUGAGGACUUCAUCAAUAUAAUAUAUGGCAUUUGCCUUUUAUCCAAAGUGACUGAGAGCACUGCUGUCAUACAUGUUUGUAUGGGUGGUAGCCUCAGUGGGUAGCAAACCCUUGUUCUUGACCUGGGCUGAGCUUGCAAGCGCCACGCUCUACGGACUAAGCCACACAAGGACUUUUUCUUUAAAGUCCCUGAACCACAUUUAGUCUCAGGUUAAUCAAAAAGUUUAUUACUGAGUCAUAUUGACUGAAACAUACUGCUGUAAAGUAUUGCAUCAAAUUUGUUGCAUUUUUUGUAAUUGUAUUUUUUUAGGAUUGACUUUCUGCACUUCCUUCCUUCCUUAUAGUAUAGUCAUGAUGUUAAUCUAGCCACCAUGUGGAGUAAGGAAGCAUGUGUUACUGUACAUGUGUAGAACACCAGUGAGAAGGGGAAUCCAGGCUACACGUUUACCAGUGUGACAGAGAAUGUACAUUCACCUUUAACAUGUGUUACUAUGUGAUCGUUGACUGAUCUGUAAUAAUGAGUGUAUUUACACAUGACCAUGUUUACAACAUAUUGAACCAUUUAGUUAUAGCAUACAGUAUAUUUACUACCAAUAUCAGUAUUGAUUUAAAUUAAAACCGUCCGUGAAUCUCAGUGGAAUACUGCACCACAAUGUUUAUUAGUGUGGCUUGUGAAAAAGUGUGGCUACAUACGAAUGAUUUCUGACAUGAUUAUUUCGGACCACUACUCCUCCUAGUGGUCGUUUAAUUUGGAAACGUCAUUUAAGCUUUAGAAUGUGCAGACUGGUUUGGAAUAGUGUGCUUGCAUACAACUUUUUAAAAACUAUUUAUACUUUUUAAACUAUUGAAUUUAUUAAACUUCAUCCAUGGAAUUUCCUUGAAAUUCUAAAGCUUCCUUUGUUGAAAACACCCAACAUUCUAUUCACAAUAAACAAUGUAACUUUUAACACAAAUCAGCUACUUUGACCACAUUCCAACAACGUUGACAAUAACUUAGAGGGCUUCCAAGAGAAAAGCACAGAGUGUGCAAAGCUGUCAUCAAGGCAAAGGGUGGCUACUUUGAAGAAUUUCAAAUGUAAAAUAUAUUUGUAUUUAUUUAACAGUUUUUUGGUUACUACAUGAUUCCAUAUGUGUUAUUUCGUAGUUUUGAUGUCUUCACUAUUAUUCUACAAUGUAGAAAAUAGUAAAAAUAAAGAAAAACCCUUGAAUGAGUAGGUGUGUCCAAACUUUUGAUGGGUACUGUUGGUGUGCCUAAAUAUUUGUGAGGUUGAGUGUAUUUUUGUUUAACCUUCAUUUAACCAGGUUAGUCUAGUUGAGAUAAAAAAAAAUCUAUUUUUCAAGAGAUUUUAACCAACUGUUUUUUUUUUUAGCUACAAUGUUUUUGUAUUUAUUUAUGAUUUUUUAAAAACUUUCUCUGCCCUGCAGUUUUAAAAUAAAAUGUUCUACUUUGGAACUGUUUAAAAAAAAACUCAGUUCUUCUUUUAAACUUUAAAAUGUGUAAAAGCCUUUUAAGUAGAUUAUCAGUUUCACAUUCUGUUGUAAUGCUGCAGCGACGACACAAUAAAGACCUCUUCUGAAUCUGAUGUCCCGUCCUGUGGUUCUUCUUCUUCUCUUGAAAUAGCAGAACAGAACAUUUUAAUGAGAUGUCUUUGGGUGUUGGAUUCCCAAAGGCAUACAGUACAAACU